CCGCCGGGCGGCCUAAGGCGGGGGCCGCGACCGUCUGCGCCUGCGCCGGACGCCCCUCCCCCGCGCGCCGACCGCAGGCGCCGGGCCUUUGUCUGAGCCGCCAGCUUCUCCGUCGCCGGCGGCGCGUCCCCGGCGGGCUGCUUCCUUGGACCCCGAGCCGUCGGCGGGGCUCCAGUCCCCUCCCCUCGCGGGGCUGCGACUUUCUGCUUCUGGGCCGCAGACCGCGGGCAGCCGGGGGGCGGAGCUCUUCCGAGGCUGCUCGGGGAGGAAGCCUCUUGCCGCCCGAGGCAGCCGGACGGGCCUCUGCAGCAAGGGCAGCUGCGCACCGAGCUGCUCUAACGUGGGCUCCUGCCGGGUGCCUCCCAGCCCUCUCCCCUCCCGCCACACAGGACAGCCUCUGUCUAGCUAGUACUUGGCAGCGUUAGGGAGGUCGUGCCACGACGGUUGUAGGGAUGCUGGUUGUCUCAGGAGAACGCGGUUGCGCCUUUGCAAACUGUAACCUGCUGUGGUUUGUGUUCCUCUUUCCGAUCGAAGCGAUGAAGUUGUUCAGUGUAUCUUUGCCUGCCUACAUCAAUCUGCAAGGGAGUUGCAGAAAAGCCUCAUGUUCAUCGAGCCGAGACGAAACCAGACAGAGGGUCAAGUUUACAGAUGACCGUGUCUGCAAGAGUCACCUUCUGGACUGCUGCCCCCAUGAUAUCCUGGCUGGGACGCGCAUGGAUUUAGGAGAAUGUACCAAAAUCCACGACUUGGCCCUCCGAGCAGAUUAUGAGAUUGCAAGUAAAGAAAGGGACCUGUUUUUUGAAUUAGAUGCAAUGGAUCACUUGGAAUCCUUUAUUGCCGAGUGCGAUCGGAGGACUGAGCUUGCCAAGAAGCGGCUAGCAGAGACGCAAGAGGAGAUCAGUGCAGAAGUUUCUGCGAAGGCAGAAAAAGUACAUGAGUUGAAUGAAGAAAUAGGAAAACUACUUGCUAAAGCUGAGCAACUGGGAGCUGAAGGAAAUGUGGAUGAAUCCCAGAAGAUUCUUAUGGAAGUGGAGAAAGUCCGUGCAAAGAAAAAAGAAGCUGAGGAAGAAUACAGAAAUUCCAUGCCUGCAUCCAGUUUCCAACAGCAGAAGCUGCGUGUCUGUGAGGUCUGUUCGGCCUACCUUGGGCUCCAUGACAAUGACCGUCGUCUUGCAGACCACUUCGGGGGCAAGUUACACUUGGGGUUCAUUCAGAUCCGAGAGAAGCUUGAUCAGUUGAGGAAAACUGUGGCUGAAAAGCAGGAGAAGAGAAAUCAGGAUCGUCUGAGGAGGAGAGAGGAGAGAGAGCGGGAGGAGCGGCUGAGCAGGAGGUCUGGAUCAAGAACCAGAGAUCGAAGGAGGUCACGCUCCCGGGACCGGCGUCGGAGGAGGUCCAGAUCUACCUCCAGGGAGCGACGAAAGUCAUCCCGGUCCCGGUCCCGAGACAGACACCGGCGCCACCGCAGCCGUUCCCGGAGCCACAGCCGGGGCCACCGCCGGGCUUCCAGGGACCGGAGUGCGAAAUACAAGUUCUCCAGAGAGCGGACAUCGAGAGAGGAGUCCUGGGAGCACGGGCGCAGUGAGCGAGGGGCCGCUGAUUGGAGGCUGGAGAGCUCCAAUGGGAAGAUGGCUUCGCGGAGGUCGGAGGAGAAGGAGGCUGGCGAGAUCUGAACCUACACCUGGGCCUGUAAAUAAUCUGAUAAACAUUCGACACAGCCUAAAGUUACCCUUUAUAUUUGCUGAAUACAACUCAUCUUUUGUAGUUUACGAUUUCUAUUGUUUUGGAGCUAGCUGUGAGUUUCUAGAGAUGUACAGAGUUGCUCCUGUGUUCUGGGGUUAUGUUGAGUAGGAAUAAAUAAAUCUGACAGACGGCCUCCUUACUGCUGCA